AUGUUUGCCGCUCGACGCCCCCUACUCUCACUUCCAUUCCUGCUGCCAUCCUGGAGCGAACAGGGCGCGGUAGUAGGAAGACGGUAUCAGUCGACUUACCGACGAACAAAGCAACGACUACGCGUCAAGCCCGACGCCUCGUUCCGACCGUCUAGCCUGCCACACGAUGAAAUCGUCUUCAAUCCCCCCUCUAGCGCGCCGACUGCGUUCCACACUCCAAGCAUAUUCCUCCCCGAGGGCGAUAAGCGGAAGAGCCUUACCGGCCAUGCAUCGGACAACUUAAUACCUGAGAAGCUUCCUUCUGCAACCACCAAGCCGCAAGAAAAGCUCUAUCACCUGACCAAAGAGGACGUUGAAGAGAUUCGCAAACUUCGAGUUGAAGAUCCGGUCACGUGGAGCAAAUAUAAGCUUGCCAGACGCUACCAAUGCUCGGCCUACUUUAUCAACAUGGUUUGCAGAGACAUUCCUCAGAAGUAUGAAAUCCAGAAGAAGGUGCUUGACGCAGUUACAUCGAGAUGGGGUGCCAAGCGACGUAUGGCCAGAGAAGACCGCAAACUCAGAAAGGAAGCCUGGGUUAGAGACGAAUGA